UCCUCCCUCCUCUUUCUCUUUCCCUUUCCCUUUCCAGUCUAGGGUUUGGGUUGAUUCCUCAAUCUACUCUUCCUCGGGGAAAAGGGCAGAGAUCGUGGUGCAAGAGCGAUUCGGAAGGACCGGAGAUGGGAUCUGAGGCGGCGUCCGCCAUCCCGAGCUCUCUGGUCCAGGAGAGCUUCAAGCAGUUAGAGAGGCAGCAGGAGCUCAUCAGCUGCUGCACAGUGCUGUGGAAGGAGCUGUCAGACCAUUUCUCUACCCUCGAACGAGGCCUCGAGUGCAGGUCCGAGGCCCUCCGAUCCAAGCGCCAGUCCCUCGAUGCCUCCACCCAGCACGCCCUCGAUUCCCUUGGUCACCGCGAGCUGUCCAUUGGCAGCGCCGUGGACCUUGCACUCGCCAAGCUCGAAGAGCGCCGCGUGGCCGCCGUUGAGGCCCUCGCGGUUGCUUCUUCGAAGGUCGAGGAGCACGAUCUGGCUGGAAAGUUGCGGUCUUUGUGUACAAAAAUGGAUUUUGCUGGCUUCAUCGAUUUCGUGGUUGCCAAAAGGAAGGAGCUGGAGCUUCUUCGGCCGGAACUUCCAUUGUCCCUUGCGGAUUGCAUUGAUCCUGCCAAAUUCGUGUUGGACGCGAUCUCCGUUGUCUUCCCUCUGGAUAAUAGGACCGUGAAAUCACCUAAUGAUCUUGGUUGGGCAUGCGUGCUAAUUUUGGAGUCUUUGGUGCCAGUUUUGGCUGAUCCAGAGCUGGGAUCGACCAGGCCAUUGGUCACUCGGUGCAUAAGGAAACGGGCUGAAGAGAUGGCAAAGGCGUGGAAGGAGGGGCUGGAGCAGCGUGGGGGAUAUGAGAAUGUAAAGCCACCAGAUGCGCACACAUUUCUCCAGCACGUGGUGACUUUUGGAAUCAUAGAUAAGAAUGACAAGAACCUAUACAGGAAGCUCGUGAUCAGCUUUGCUUGGCGGAGGCAAAUGCCUAAGCUUGCUAUUUCACUAGGACUCGAGGAUAGUAUGGAAGAUAUCAUAGAAGAAUUAAUUGAUAAGGGGCAUCAAUUAGAUGCUAUAAACUUUGCCUAUGAGGCUAGCCUCCAGGACAAAUUCCCCCCUACUUCACUGAUACAAUCCUUCCUCAAAGAUUUGAAGAAAUCAACAUCAACAUCAGAGGAAACCAACGCCUGUGGGCAGGUUGUGAAUAACACAAGCAGGAAAGAACAGUCAGCUAUUCGGGCUGCAAUUAAAUGCAUUCAAGAUCACAAGCUUGAAUCUGAGUUUCCACUAGAGAGCCUUCAGAAGCAACUCGAAACAUUGGAGAAGGUGAAGGUGGAGAAGAAAAAACCUGCUGUAUCUAGCCCUGGUUCUGGCUCUGGCUCUGGUCCCGCCAACAAGCGAACACGAGCCAACCAUGGUGGGCCAAUGCCUCCUGCCAAGGCUGGUCGCACUACAAUCAAUGCCUGUGUUUCCUCUUUCCCUGCUGCUCCUGCUUAUGCGCGAUCUCCCUCUGCCCAUGCCUCAUACCCUGCUCCACCCUCUUAUCCUUAUGAUCGUCCAACGGGACAUGCAGUCUACGGCAGCAGGAGUCCACCGGCUAUCAGGGAGUCGUAUGGAUACCCAACUGAAGAAAUUGCCCACGUUCCACUCGGGGCAUCAUAUCCUUCACCGCCAAUGAGUUACCCAGCCUAUGGUGCAUACCAGAAUUGCACCUUUGGGGGUUACAACAACGGGCUGGCACCAGGCUAUCAGCAGGCUUACUACAGGUAGGUAUAGGCAGAAGCACUUCAACGAGAUUGACCUGUAGUUAAUGAUAUAAUUGCUAAUAAUCCUUAGUCAAUCGCUUAAUGGCAUAUUUUGUAGUGGCUUACUAAUACUGUAGGAUCGAUGUGUGCUUUAUUAUUUGGUUUGCUUUAGUCAUGUUAAGAACAUCUGUAUUUCCUGCACUGUAUGUAAAUUAUGACCGACUAAAUCUUAAUGUCUAAUAACUUGUUUCUGGACAGUUGUAUUAA